AUGCUUCUACGAAGCUCGUCAACGCCGGUUAUGAAUCCAUGGCUUCUACACUCAAAUUCGAAGGAUUCAUCUCCCGAACCGGAAUUCUUUCACCGAAACCCGAAAUCCAGAUCUGUCACGUUCUCGCCUUCGUCGUCGAGUUCAGUUUCGCCGAUUUCUGGUCCAGUGAACAAACUUACUCGAGCACUUUCAGAAACCGAUCUCUCAGUGUCGCCUAAUCGGAAGCCUCUCCACCGCCGUCAAUUUGAAGACGACGAUGAAGAGAGCAGAACUCUCGGUUUUGGUGCUCGUUCCAGAUCGGCGUCGUUUAGUUCCGCGUUGUGUUCUUUGUCUGAGUUGGAAGAAAAAGAAAGCCAGAGUGGAGUCGAUGCCAGUGAUAGCGGUGUGUUGGUGGAAGAAGGCGGCGGCGGUGGAUUUGACAAAAACGACGGUGGAGUUUCUAGAUUCGGUGAUUCAAAUCACGGAAACGAUAGUACUGAUUUGUAUUACCGUGCAAUGAUCGAAGCUAAUCCAGAGAAUCCACUUUUUCUUAGCAAUUACGCAAAGUACUUGAAAGAGGUUCGUAAGGACUAUGUGAAAGCUGAAGAGUAUUGUGGAAGGGCAAUAUUGGCAAAUCCUAAUGAUGGUAACGUUCUGUCACUUUACGCAGAUUUGAUAUGGGAGUGUCAUAAGGAUGCUUCUCGAGCGGAGACUUAUUUUGAUCAAGCAGUUAAAGCAGCUCCUGAUGACUGUUAUGUUCUAGCGUCGUAUGCCCAUUUUCUAUGGGAUGCCGAAGAAGAAGAAGAGGAUGAAGUUGAAGAAGAAUCCUCGGAGAAAGCUUUUGGUUUCUUUACUGGAGGUUCUCUAACAACAACUCCUCCACCGAUGGCUGCUGCUGCUUCUUGA